AUGAACGUCGCGCAUUGGCCAAUGUUCCGGGAGAUCCGGCAAAUGGAUAUUCGGCAGGUGGUCUACCAGGUGGGAGUGUCAUGAUCACAUUUAAACAUUAUCUGAUUUAUAGUUUUUGAACUUUGCGAUGGUCGUCUCGUCGGCGUUGAUGAUCUGGAAAGGGCUGAUGGUGUUGACCGGGGCCGAAAGUCCUGUUGUCGUCGUUCUUUCAGGUAUCCGAUCCCACCUCAACCUCAGUUCUCUGUUUUCAGGAUCGAUGGAGCCAGCUUUUUACCGUGGAGACCUGUUGCUGCUCACUAACGAUUACGAGGAUCCCAUUCGAGUCGGCGACAUCACGGUUUUCAAAAUCGAGGGCCGUGAUAUCCCUAUCGUCCACAGAACCAUCAAGGUAAGAUUAGGAUCUUCUCUUUUUUAUAGUUCUGACUACAGUAAUAAGGGAAGCAAAAAAAUAUUAGACUGUGACUUUUCUAGGAAGGGGGUAGCCUUGAUGCUUUUUCAGAUUAUUUUUUUCAUUCAGAACAAAAUCUAAAAAAUUCUUCCAGUGGAAAAAAACGUCCAAAAAUUAGCAUAAAGUGGAUUUUUUGUCAUUUUUUUGUGGAUUUUUUUGAGUUAAUUCAAGAGGUCGACGCUCAAUUCUAUUUUUUUAAAGCGGUCAAUGAUAUUAACACUAACCAACACCUCCAGAAAAAUUCGAAAAUAUAUUUCUGUAAUUGUCUAUCAUCAGUAUGGAAAACUUUAAAUUGAGUCGUAAAAUCUAAAGAAUGCUUUUAGGUCCAUGAAAAGUCGCCGUCUGAUACGAAGUUCCUGACGAAAGGAGACAAUAAUCAGGUUUGUUAUUCUUUUUGAUAGUAAAAUAGGAAAAGUAUGGUCUUUUCAGGUAGAUGACAGAGGCCUCUACGCGCCUGGACAGUACUGGUUGAACCGGAAAGACGUCGUCGGACGAACCAAGGGAAUCCUGCCUUAUGUCGGAAUGGUGACCAUCCUCAUGAAUGACUACCCCAAAUUCAAAUAUGCGGUUCUCGCCUCUCUCGCCGCCUUUGUUAUUCUUCAUAGGGAAAAAUGA